AUGGUCGCUGCAACAACCGACCCCAUUUUUAGCACACACGUGACCACGACAUUGAUUUCCAGUCGAGGGGAACUCGGCGUCGACUUCGACGACUACCAUAAUUACCUCACCUCGUCAAAUCUUCAUAUCUUCAUCUUCAUCACACACCAACACCAUAUGUCCGACCCACGUUUCGCCAGGCUCAAAACCGACCCUCGCUUCAGGCGGCCAAAGACGAAGCAGACAAAGGUGGUGAUCGACGAGCGCUUCAAGAGCGUGUUUAAGCAGGACAAGAAGAAAAACGCUGGGCGCAAAGUCGACAAGUAUGGACGGGCCAUCUCUGAUACGCAGGAGCAGGAGGACCUGAAACGGUACUACCGUCUGGACGAUGUGGAGGACGAUGGUGCGACCCCGAGAAAACCUGAUCUUGCGCGUGGAGAGGGCUUGGUGGAGUCUUCAGAUGAGGAAGACGACGUGAAAGCCAAGGACGAUGACGACUCGGAGGACGAGGAGGGCUUUGUGACACUCGGCGCGGACCCGUCGAGGCCGAUUGCGGUCCGGGACGAGGACCUCGAGAUUGAUUUGGAUGAAGACAACUUUGCGGACCUCGACGCGCAAGCUGCGAGCUACUCCAAGGCGCACCAGCGCGACGAUGACGACAGCAACGAAGGCCAGGAGGACGGUGUGCGCACCUCCCGCCUGGCGAUUGUCAAUUUGGACUGGGACCACGUCCGCGCGCACCACUUGUACAAAAUCUGCUCGUCGCUCGUGUCGCUUAACGCGCCGGCGACACGUCUGUCGACGUCUUCCGUGCAGGAAAUGACUGGAAAGAGACGCUCGGCGAAGGGUUCCGUCGGUGGGCCUGUUGAUGUCGUGAGAGGGAAGGUUCUGAGUGUGAAGGUCUAUCCGAGCGACUUUGGGAAGGAACGUCUGGCAAGGGAGGAGAAGGAAGGUCCACCGCCUGAAAUCUUCAAGAAGAAAAGAGACCUUGAGGUUGACGAGGUUGAUGAGAAGAAUAUUUUCGAGGUUGGGGACGAAGAUCAUGAUUACGACGAGGAUGCCCUCCGGAGAUACCAACUGGAGAGACUACGGUACUAUUAUGCUAUUGUAACGUGCGACACAGUGGAUGCUGCAUCUCACAUUUAUAACGAACUGGAAGGAACAGAACUCGAACGUUCAGCUAAUGUCUUCAACCUGAGCUUCGUUCCUGAAGACAUGGUGUUCGAAAACGAGCCUCGGGACGAGGCAACAGACGACUUGAACACGGACUAUAAGGCGGUGGAAUUUGUUACAGAUGCUCUACGACAUUCGAAAGUUAAACUGACUUGGGAUGACGAUGACCCAGAAAGGAAUCAGGUCACUCGACGUGCUCUCACCAAGAAAGAGAUCGAGGAAAAUGAUUUCAAGGCGUACAUCGCUAACACCUCUUCAGAGUCUGAAUCAGAUGAAGAGAGUCAAUCUGCGCCGAAGAAGGACAAGAAGGCGUCUCGCGACAAGCUACGUUCUCUUCUCCUUGGCGGAAACGAGGAAGAAAUGCCGGAAGGUUGGGGAGACGACGCUGGAGCUGACGAUGUGGACAUGGAGAUAACGUUCACUCCUGGGCUCAGCAGUAAGAAGAGCGAGGAGGGUGAGACGACGCUGGAGAAAUACCAGCGGAAAAUGAAGGAAAAGCGGAAAAAACGAAAGGAGGAAGUCAAGGAGAAAGGGAAGGAGAAGGAGCAAGCUCUGGAAGACGACUUCUUUGAGGCCAGUGGUGAUGACGAGCCACAAGCUCAGAGGAGCAUGUCGAAGAAGGGCAAGGAACCGGUCACAGAGGACCAGGAAGAGCCUCCUGCUCGGGAGGAAGCCACAGCAGAGGAAUUGGCACUCCUUGUGGGAUCUGACAAUCCAAAUGCUGAGCCAAAGCACUUCAGUCUUAAAUCUGUCAUCAAGGCUGAGAAACAGAAGAAGAGAGGCAAAGGAAGGAAAAGGGGCAAGGCAGAUGUUGAUAACGAGGCGCAGGAGGACUUCGUUGUGGACGUCAAGGACGAGCGGUUCAAAGCUCUCUUCGAGGAUCAUCAGUUUGCCAUUGAUCCUACAAACCCUCAUUUCAAAAAGACAAAAGCUAUGUCUGCUCUUCUGGACGAGCGCCAGAAGCGGCGGAAAGGACAACGCAACGAAGAGGUGGACGUUGUCUCUAAGAAACCCAAAAAUGCCGAUGCGGACGGGGCGAAAAACCUGCAGAGUCUCGUCGAGAGCGUGAAGAGGAAAAGCACCAACGUCCACCAGCCUGGACAAGGGAAACGCCGAAAGCUGUAG